ACGCCGGGCGGCCCCGGCUGCGGCGGCGGGCGGCGGGCGGGGGCCGUUCUCGGAGCGCACAGCCGCGGGCGGAGGGCGGCAGCGGCAGCGGCGGCUCGGAGGAGGAGGACCCGCCGCGGGACGGCGGCGUGCUGUUCCUCGUCAACCGCAGCGGCUUCCCGCUGGACGGGCAGACGUGGGAGCGCAUGUGGGGACACGUGGAGCGGGUGCACCCCGACGGCAGCGCCGUGGCCGCGGCCAUCCGCAGCGCCGCCAGGCUGGCCCGGCCCUCGGUGCCGCCGGUGCCAAACUACAAGCUCUCCAUGUCUAUCCCAGAAUGGCUCCAGGCAAUACAGACCUACAUGAAGAUGCUGCAAUACAAUCACACAGGAACUCAGUUCUUCGAGAUUAGGAAAAGCAGACCUCUAAGUGGGUUAAUGGAGACAGCAAGAGAAAUGACCAGGGAGUCCCUACCCAUCAAAUGCCUUGAAGCAGUUAUCCUGGGGAUAUACCUGACGAACGGGCAGCCCUCCGUGGAGCGAUUCCCCAUCAGCUUUAAAACCCACUUCUCAGGGAACUAUUUUCAUCACGUGGUGCUUGGGAUUUACUGCAAUGGCCGGUACGGCUCGCUGGGCAUGAGCAGACGAUCAGAUCUGAUGGACAAACCUCUGACGUACCGAACUCUGAGCGACCUCAUCUUUGAAUUUGAAGACUCCUAUAAAAAGUACUUGCAUUCGGUCAAAAAAGUAAAGAUCGGAUUGUAUGUCCCGCACGAGCCGCACAGCUUUCAGCCCAUCGAGUGGAAACACCUGGUCCUUAACGUCUCCAAAAUGACGCGCACAGAAGUCAGGAAGGAGCUGGAGAAGUUUGCCAGGGAUAUGAGAAUGAAGAUUCUGAAACCCUCAAGUGCCCAUUCUCCAGCGAAAGAGAGGUCACGGGGUAAGUCGUUGUCCCCUCGCCGCAGGCAAGCCACCAGCCCUCAGAGACGAGCGUGCCGGAGAGACAAAUCGCCAGCGGUGGUGGACAAGAAGGGAGACCUGGCUACGCUCAACGAGGUGGGCUACCAGCUCCGCAUCUAACAAAGCCAUAGGCUGGACAGAGAGAGGGCUUCCUUGGUGCUUCCCGCUGCACUUUACCUGCACUCCAGUGGAAGGAAAAAGGAAUGGGACUAUUUAUUAACUCGUGGAUGUUUAAAAUAAAAGUGUUACCUAGGAAAUAGAACGGGGGGAUUUUUAUUUUUAUUUUGGUGGCAGUAUUUAUUUUCAUUUGACUCAUGGAAAAGGCAUCAGUGAAGAGAACCUCAAGUUGCUUGCCAGGAUGUGAGGUCCUUUUCACUCUAUCCUGUGGGAGGUAAUUCCAGUGGUAAGCGAGUUUCUACACGUAGAGUUUUGCUGUACAAGUAUUAAUUGAAUUUGGACGAUGUGCUGGGUAGUAGCUUUGGGAUGACUACAAAAUCAAACACAGUCUUAAGAUGUGCUGGGGUGCAGUGUUUAAAAAAAUCACAGUAUUAAUAUUUAAUUCAGCAAUAAAAACAAGCAGUGCAGAAGUGGCAUGAGUUUUUAAAUUGUCAACAUUACCUCACUAAACUUAAUAGAUAUGCAAAACUGUCAGUACUAUUGUUUUGUAAUGAAUUCGUACCGUUUCCCAGCAGUUCUGGUAGUAUUGAAACAGCACUGGAUGUGCUCUGCCACCUGUAUUAUUGUUUUGUGCAUGUUGCUGAAAGAUGUUAGGUAAUAGUAAUAUGCAAGUGUAUUCUUAAACACUGACAUCUUCAGAAAAAAAAAAGUGUUUUUUUAAAUGACAGUAAUUGAAUAAUGCAUUUCUAAACUUUAAUAAUUUUUUAUACUUUGUCACAAGCUUUUAGUCUUUCCAGACUACACUGCUGAAGCACAAAAACUAGAGAUUGCUGUUUUAGAGAGACAAGUGUUCAUGUACUAGUUUGUUUCUUGUAUAUGUUCUUGGAAUAAUAGAGAAAAUGUCAGAAUUACUAGCCCGAGUCUUUAUGCUUUCCUUUCAACAUUUGUGUGCAAUUUUGAACCUUGUCUUUGAAAGGCUGAGCAGUCUCAGAUAGUGAUGCCUUGACAUCUUAUAUUAAGAUCAGACAUCACAGGCUGAAGUGAAGCUUCCACCUUGCUGCUGUAGGGAGUUCUUUGUAUAUGCACUGUAGUAACAACUGCUUAGUCAGACCUGAAUAAAGAAGCUUGUAUUGGAACAAAUUCAGCAAUAAAAUCAACUGUAUGUCUGAAAUAACAGAGAAUCAUCUGCUUCCUCCCUACUCUGUCCUUCCAUUCGAAGAUUGGGCCAAGGACCUGUGAUGGAUGGCAGCAUUUUCAAGCGGUGGGGUAAGGCUUUCCUUGGAGUCUGCCCUUCACGUUAGUGAAGUUCUCUGGAAGCAUUUGAGGGCUGUGUUCCUGAAAAUAUUUCAUUAGGUGCCUAAACAGAAACUGGAUACUUCCAAAAGUCCAGCCUCUACCCUUUGUGCUGUGCUCCUAGAUUAUACUGCCAUGGGACGUGUGUACCUCCUCUCCUGGGCGCUUACUUUCUUUGGAAUCGCAGAGAAGACAGGGCAUCAACACGACAGUAACGCUUAAUCAAAUUGAAGGAUUUAAGCUCCAAGAACCCUUCUUGUCUCAGCCAAGAAUUGAAUGAAUACAGAAGGAGAUGAGCGCAUGUACACAAACCUCAUUGCUCAGAGAAGUCAGUGAAUCUGAGCUACCUAGGGCAGGAAGACAACACAGAGACCCAGCAACCUUCUACAAACCGUAAAAGGCUUUUCAAUAAUCAGGCUUCAGGAUGCCUAGAAAGGCUUUUCAAAUGUAUUAUACUUCUUUGUACAAGAUGACUUUAUCGAUUACAGGGAGGCCUUUCUCAUCCCUCUCACCCCAGCCUUUUUCACUCCUGUGUUCACAACAGGAUUUUUUUUGGGUCGGGAGUGAAGUUGAAGAGGGAAAUAUUCUUUUGGUAGAAAUCCUUGUGUGAUUUGACAUCAGCUGCAGAGUUUGUUUUACACUUUGUGCUGCUCAGUGUCUUGCGACAAUUUUUUUGUGUCCCUUAGAUUUUUCAUGGGUAAAAUACUGUGGAAAAACUUACAUGGUGAUCACCUGUAUUCUAUAGCAUGAGGUUAUCUAAUAUGUUGCAAGUUUUUUCUAUAAAACCAUUGUUUACUUAAGCUUGAGUGACAGUGGUUGGUAUAUAGCUUUUACCAGUGUCCAGAGCACUUUGAGUUAUUUUCUCUUAACCUCUAACUUAUACUGAAACUCCUUUAUGCUAUAGAGCUGUGUGACAAAUUGCUUUUGGGGUGGGUCUUGCUUUGAAGUUCAGCUGAAAUAUUCUCUUGAAACUUGCUUAUGAUGGCAUUUGUCUUAAUUGUGGUUCUAGUGAUUUUAAUUCCCUGCAAAGUCAUCAAAUAAUGUAGAAAACAUGCAUGCUGCUCUCUUUUUCAUUACUUGUAUGCUUAGGCACAGUGUAAGACUUCAAUAAAAAUUUCAUGGUAGUCUUUUUAA